GUACAGAUGAGAAGACUGUGAUAGACUUACUGACCCACAGAAGUAGCAGUCAAAAACAGGCCAUUUCUAGAGCAUACGAAGAAUGCUCAAAACGGAUUCUUGUAAAUGACCUGAAGAGUGAUACCGGUGGUGACUUUGAAGAUGUCCUUGUUAGGCUUGCAAACCUGCCUGCAGUCAAUGACGCUAAGGAUAUAAUUAAGGCAACAAAAGGGGCUGGAACAGACAAGAAAAUCCUGAUAGAAAUAUUAGGUUCAAGGACAAAUAAACAAAUCAAGGAGCUGUCUGCAGCUUAUGCUGAUGAAACAAAGAAAACACUAGUACAGAACCUAAAACAUGAAGUUUCAGGGGAUUUUGGCAAAGCCAUUGUGACGCUUGCUGAGGCGGCAAGGGAUGAGAGCACCAGUGUGAAUGUAAACAAGGCUAAAGAAGAUGCACAGGCUCUCUAUAAUGCAGGAGAGAAGAAGAUGGGAACUGAUGAGGCCAAGUUUAUUGAGAUCCUCUGUAAGAGGAGCAUCCCUCAACUGAGACAAACAUUAGUGGAAUAUAAAAACAUCAGUGGCAAGACUCUGCAGAAGAGCAUUGAGAAAGAAAUGACUGGAGAAAUGGAGGAGCUGCUGGUUGCCAUUGUGAAGUGUAUUAUGAACACUCCAGCAUACUUUGCUGAAAAACUCCAUGAAAGCAUGAAGGGAGCAGGAACACAUGAAAGCAUUCUGACCAGGAUCAUGGUCAGCCGUGCAGAAGUUGACAUGAUGGACAUCAAAGCUGAAUACAAAAAGCUCUAUCAGCGUUCACUCUACAAGCAAAUAAGUUCGGAUGUGACUGGAAACUACUGCGACUGCUUGAGGAUGAUUUGUGGAGAAGACUAGCACAAAAAAAACUACUGACUUCAAAGAUUACACUUUACAAGUCGCUGCAAUGUAGUCUUGUUGCUUUAUUAUUUGUACUCUGUUAACAAAUGCAUACCAUUAGAUGCCUUAAAUCUUUUUCUUUCAUACAUGGUUUCAGCGAGCAAUAGUAGUUUCUAGGGAAAUAUAUAUAAAAUAUGUUUAUGUCCAGGUUACUAUGGGUGAUGGUAAAACCCAAGAAAAUAUAAAUGAAGAUAUAAAUGGAGGUACUUCUUAUUGAUUUGUGAUUGAUUUUUGACUGUUAAUGAUCUUUGUGGUAAAUGGACAAGGAAAGACUGGACAGAAGGCUAAUGAAAGGCAUGCCUUAGUUACCAAGCUACAUUAGAAAAUUAUUUAAGACUAUCCAUUCAUUGUAUUUUGCAAAUUGUAAAUGUUUUUGUUACAACAGAAAUUACAGACUUUUUUACACCGCGCGCAUAAAAAUCACUGUAACGUGAUGUCUGGGCUACAUUUAAAAUAUGAUCAAAUUAUUUAUCCCACUUCAUUGAUUUUCAUUGGUCUAAAUGUCACUUUUUUGUGACUAUUUUUCAUGUCUGUGUCUGCCUCAAUUACAUUUAUCAAAUGUUUUCUUUUAAGUCCUGAUAAAAUGUCAUGAAUAAAAUACAAAUGUAUGGAACAUCUGUUAAUUUAUAGAGUGCCUAGGGAAUAGAAGAAUGAUAUGGAGAUAAAUGUUGUGGUGCUAUCAUUUAUGGUGACGUAAUGAACAUGAUGCCUGUAUUUGUGCCUUUUUUAGCAAUAAAACGAAUAGUCCAUCA